AUGGUUCAGAAGCUGAAUUUUGAUAAGAAGAAGCUGAGAGCGCUUUACGCAUCUUAUGGCGAGAAUGAUCUCUUCAACUCUGGCAGGUUCAAAGCGCUAACUCGCAAUCUGACCACCGGGGCACUUUUGUCACAAACCCAUCACUGCGAACGAUGCGAGGCAAAGAUGAAGACAGCUUGCUAUGAGAAUCUACACUACGGCUUCUGCUCUGAAUGGGCAACACGGAACGGCAAGCGUGAACGCUGUGGCGAGCGCUUCGCGUUCCGCAGUCAAGGAUGCGGGAAGCACCCUAGACAAAAAGGAUACAACGCAGCCUUCUACAAAGCAGCGGAGGGUGAGGACGUGAAGCUUUGCGAUUUUGAUGAUCUGAACGACCUCGAACUGGAUGAAGAGUCUAUAUGUAAAAUCGACAUGAAGGCCGAGAUGGAGAUCGCCGACAAACUGUUGGAAAAACAUCUAGAAGAGCAUGGCUAUGUAUCUGCGAGCUUUCACAGCAAGCAUUUUGCUCGAAAAGCCGCUAAGCACAAAACAUGCAACGUGUCUUCGCCUAGUCUUUCACUAUCUGCACCUGAAGAAAGCACCGGUAUUGCAAAGGGCAAAAGUAAAGGAAUGUCGAAGACCUUCAAGCCGAAGAAGGACCAAAAGGUAGGAGUAGCUUUUGCAGAGAGUUUUGAUUGCAGCAAAGACGGGGGCGUAGCGCCAACUACCAAUUCAACAUUUCGUGUUCGCGCUUUUCAGUCGAAACGCGCGAUGAAAAAAGGCUGA